CGAGUCAACUUCUAGCCAGAGAGUCAACAGCUAAAGCUGCUACGAAGACGGUUACCCAAUACCUAAAACCGGUUAGAUACCAGAACCUACCUUGAGUCGUUGUCCUGCUGCUAGCUUCACAAGAUGCUGUUCAAGAUCGCUGCCGCUUGCCUUUUGGCUAUUUUAAUUCCUUCAAUCCAAGGUCAGGUAGCCUCUGUUGUUCCAGAGGAUUGCCUUGGAUGUUUAUGUCAAGCAAGUACCGGCUGUAACAUGACUUUACCAUGCACAACUGGUCACCAAUAUCUUUGCGGCCCUUUCCUCAUUUCGUGGGCUUAUUGGGCAGAUGCAGGCAAAUUUGUUCUGGCGAACGAUGACCCUGAACGAAAAGGAGCAUUUGAGGCUUGCGUCCAAGAUGCCGUUUGUGCUGGAGAGACGGUCCGUGGAUACAUGGCCAAGUUCGCGCAGGAUUGCAAUGGAGAUGGCGCUAUUAAUUGUGACGACUACGCUCACCUCCACAUCUUGGGUGGAUUUGGUUGUAACGCACCAAUUACUCAGACGCCUUUCUAUCAAGGCUACCUCGCGUGUAGAAACACUGUUCAAUCUUUGGCGGGAUAAACAUCGAUCGAUGCGAUACAACUGUGGCUAGCCGGAUGUCCUUCUCGCGUAGUACAUUAAUUAAAAGUUCUUGGAGAUUCAUUCCAUAAUUUAAAUUUUAAACGACUCUUGAAACGAUUUACAAUUCAAUAUACGCUUGACGACGAAA